AUGCGGCAAACGUCCAUUUUGAAUCGAGCCCUGGAAGUUGUAGGAUCGUUGGUGAAUUUUAAAUCAAAGCGACCAGCACGAAACGUUCCUCGCAAGAGUGUUUUCUACCACAGCCAAGUGGAAUUCGAGUCGAUACUGAAUGAAAACAGCAGCGACGACGAGGAGUCCGGCGUGCAAACCGUCCCUACGUCGCAGUCGCGCCCGGCGACGACGAUGCCAGUCCGGCGGAACGAGUCCAGCUCCAGCGCGCAGUUCGAGAAUCUUACCGAUAGAGACGAGAUCAUUUUGGCUAUGAUCUGGUCGAACAAUCACUUGGGCGCGGCUCACUACAACAUCCUCACAUCCGAGUUGUCCGUGAUGGACGACAUCUACGACGAUGGCGUAUACUUCAACAUCACGAAGGCGCUAUACAGGCAGUGCCGGCCGCGCCAUGUCAUCACGAUCUCAGGUAUGUCCGAGGAGUUCCUCGGCGCGAUCGAGGCCCUGGUAACGUCGGAAACGACGUCGAGCGAUCCGGGCAGAUCGAUGACCAGCAGCGGCAGCGACGGACCGGCGCGGGUCUCGCUCCAGGUGAUGCGGAAGAAGGAGCACGGCUACGACCGAUGCUAUCACAGGGUGCGAUGCCUCAAGCUUCAGUCGGAGCCGAUGGAUGCGAACAACGCUGAGAGGCUUGUCUUCUUGCAAGGUUUCUUGAACUUCAGGUCGAUCGUUAUGAUCCAUGCUUUGGGUCUACUUUUGAUCUACGUCGACCAGCAUUGGGCGAACCUCGCUUUGAAUCCCUCCGGCAAGCCCAGUUUCGUGUCUUUGACUAGUUUGACGUUGCGCGACAUUGUCAUGAUAGACGACGACACUUACGAGGCGCUGCAUAUCGUGCACGCCAAGCACCAUCCGAGCCUCUUCAAGUGCGGCGACGCGACGUCGAAGAAGCAGAGCAGCAGCCUCUUCACCCUCCUGAAUCGUUGCCAAUCGCGUCCCGGGACGCAGUUUCUGUGGAAAAUGCUGCAGCAUCCUACGAGGAACGUCGAGACUCUCAACGCGAGACUCGAGGUCGUCGAAUUCUGCUUAAAACCGGAGAACCAGAGCAUCGUCGAAACCUUGACGUCGUACUUGAAGCACCUCUAUCGUUUGACCAACGUUACCCUGGACCGAUGCUUGGCACAGCAGGCUAAGAUCUCCGAUUGGCGGCGCUUGUACAAGACGGUCUCCUCGAUCAUCUACAUCGCCGACGGGUGCGAGAAGCAGCGCAAGAAAGCAAGACUGUUCGGCAAGAUCGUCGACAGCGUGACGAACGAAGUGCGAUACAUCAAGUACUUCCUCGAGCACAUAGUAGACUUCGGCAGGAAGGAGUCCGGCCACGAUUUCAUUGUCCGGUCGAACGUGGAUUCGCACUUGGACAAGCUGCAUCACACGAGAAGCAGCUUACCGGAGACGCUGACGCAAAUGGGCCAGAAGGAUAUGCAGGAGCACCUCCCGCCGUCGGUGACGACCUGCAAGAUGGUCUACAUACCGAAUAUCGGGUAUCUCCUGGCGAUCACUGGCUGGAACCCGUCGCCAGGCGACGACACCGAUUUGCCGAAUCUAGAGUUUAAGUUCGUCAGCAACAAUAUACGCUACUAUAAGAGCCCGGGCGCUAAAGAAUUGGACGACACCAUCGGCGACAUUCUCUUAAGGAUAAAUAAGCGGGAGACUUACAUCAUGCUGAAAUUCGUCAAGUACAUAAAUAAGCACGCCGCGCCGAUCUUCAGCGCGAUUCAACUGUGCGCCGAACUGGACACAUUGCUGGCGUUUCACGUGGUCGCACGAGAGCACAAUUACGUAAGGCCGUGCCUGGUGGAGCAACAGAUCAUAGCAGUGGAGCAAGGCCGGCAUCCCCUGCAAGAAUUCACGACGACAACAUUCGUCUGCAAUGACACCUAUUCCAGAAGCGGGAACAGCCUCGUGAAGAUCCUGACCGGCCCGAACGCCUCCGGCAAGAGCACUUAUCUCAGACAAGUCGCGCUCAUUGUGUUCAUGGCUCACAUCGGCUGCUAUGUGCCGGCUAAAUCGGCCACUAUAGGGAUAGUGACUCACAUCCUCACUCAGCUUACGUCUAUGACAAGCGUCGCGCUCAGCACGAGCACCUUCUUGGAGGACAUGCGGCAGAUAAACUCCGCUCUUUACGCGUCCACGCCGAAUUCCAUCGUGAUUUUGGAUGAAUUCGGUAACGGUACAUCCGAGGUGAGCGGUUUGUCGUUGCUUGCUGCCGUGCUGAACAACUUUAUCGAGCGCGGUGUCAACUGUCCGCACGUCUUCGUGGCUACGCAUAUGCACCGGGUAAUCAACAUGUUGCCGCGUGAUCCGAUGAUUGAAGAACAGACCUUCGAGUUUAUCACGAACGACGAUGGCACCGUGGCAUAUCUUUACCGUCUAAUUAGCGGACACGCGACACGUAGCUUCGCACAUGCAGCUGCACGAAGCGCGGGUUUGGACGAGCAAGUGAUCAAGCGAGCAUUAGAGGUGUACGAUAAGUUUAAGGCUGGCGAGCUGCCUUCGCGACUGCCUGAAGCGCGAAAACAAGACGGGGCGACGCGGAUUAUCGAACGAUUGCUGGAGUCUGACAAUUUUGGAGUGGAGUUCUUGGAGGAAUUGAAACUGAUGGUGCAACAAUUUAUGAAAGGUUUAGCCUAAAUAGGAAAAGGUCCUAAACAGAAUUUUCAUACGAGUAUAAAUAAUAUUUUAAGAAAAAGUUACCGUCAAACUUUAA